AUGGCCUCCCCGAAUUCCCUUUCAUCCGCAUACAACAGCAACCUGUAUCAACAAUCAUCCCGACCGGUGGCCCGAUCCGCGGUUUCACGUCCCGGAUCCAGACGGGUCUCCCCAGCCCUCCAGCACGCGGGGUCGAAAACAUCCCUCUCCCGACACUACUCUGGCGACAGCUCUGAUGAUGAAGUCCCGGAACCGAAAUUUAGCGCCUCCGUCAAAGCGCUUUUGGACGCAGAUGGCUUAGGGUCUUCUCCCAGCCUCCAGAAAGGACAUGCAGCAUAUGAGCGACGGGCCGCCGCAUUGGGUUCUAGACAUGGCAGCCAAUCACCACGCAAUUCAUCGCCUCACGACAAUUCUACAGGGAGCCCAGCACCGCGGGUCGUUCGCAUCGGUGGUGCCUCCAGGUACUCGCGUGAAGGCUCUCCACUUUCCAACAGCCAUAUUGCCGAGCCGGAAGCGCAAAGGCAUCCUGAUGACUUCAAGACUCCUGCGCCACGACCACGCAGUGUACGCAUCAAUGCGUCGCGCAGCGAUACAAGAUCGCCGUCAUCCCAGUCGCCGUCUCUGAACCGGUCUUCUGAACGAAACUCCGGUGAUGAGUACGGCAGCGCUGAUCGGUCUGAUAGCGACCGGAAGUCGCAUUACGAAGAUGAUCCUGUGGCACGAAUCGGCACUGCUUCGGUCUUACGGAGUCGCAACUUGGAUGAGUUUGGCCCACAGAGCUCUUUGCGAGUUAAGCGGGUUGGGCGACUUACUGGAACUUUCCUCAAUGGACCUGCUCGAAGAGGAGUGUUGCGCCGCCAGAGUGAAGAGAACCAUGAAGAUAACUAUCUGAAUGACGGUUUAAGGGAGAACGGAGAAUCCAACUAUGACAAUAUUGAGUCUCAACCUCGAGAUAUUGAAAAGCCAUCAUCACCGAAGGUUUCAUGGGCAGACCCGAGCCCACCCCAGGACAGUGAAUGGCGACGAUCUGAACGACCUGCAAGCACAGUGCGGAAUGACGGUCCGUUCUCGAGACCAUCUUCGCCCAGGUCUUAUGGAUCCCAAUCCAAGUCCACUCCUGCGUCAUCCGACCAGUCUUCAAGGUCAUCCAGCGCAAGAGAACAGCCCGCUUUUAAAGUUCCAUCUUUACCUCAUCUACCCUCAGCAAGGGACCAGGAGAAUGAUCCGCCGCCAACUUUCAGACGGACAAAGCCACAGGGCUUGAAUGUGCUGGACAAACCCGACAAGUUAUCAUCUAUGUACGAAACCGAAAAGAAACAAGUUGCCGAAACACCAGCAGGAAACUCACCACGCAAGAUUCUUGCUACCAGAAGUAGUAACACCCCUCAUCGACCGGCGCCGCCACCCCCGAAAAUGUCCGUUUUGGAGACUGCAACCGCAACUGGUGGAGCAUCGACAUCACAGUCACGAAAAAAGCGAACUCAAGUAACCAUCAAUCAAAAGCAUUUCACUCGACUCGACUGCAUUGGCCGUGGAGGUAGUUCUCGUGUCUAUCGUGUGAUGGCUGAAAACUACAAGAUUUUCGCGUUGAAGCGAGUAAAUCUGGAAGAUCUCGACCCGCUCACGCUCACUGGCUACAAGGGUGAAAUUGAUCUGUUGAAGAAAUUGGAAAAUGUCGAGCGUGUGGUGCGUCUGUUUGACUGGGAACUCAAUAUGGACAAACAUUCGCUCAGCGUACUCAUGGAAAUUGGUGAAUCCGAUCUAGAGAAGAUUCUCGUGCAUCGCCUCAAUGCGGAAGAUGCUGUCUUCGAUAUCAACUUCACCCGUUUCUACUGGAAGGAGAUGCUCGAGUGUGUCCAGGCUGUCCACGAACAUAACAUUGUCCACUCCGAUUUGAAACCGGCCAAUUUCCUUAUGGUUCAGGGACGCCUAAAGUUGAUCGACUUUGGUAUUGCCAACGCCAUUCAAGACCACACCGUGAACGUUCACCGAGAACAACAAGUUGGAACACCCAACUACAUGUCCCCGGAGGCCUUGGUUGACUCCAACGCAUCCCUUGGGCUCCCUGCAAGCGUUGGCAAGGUGAUGAAAUUGGGUAAGCCUAGUGAUGUUUGGAGUCUUGGCUGCAUUUUGUACAAAAUGGUUUACGGCCACCCACCAUUUGCCAAGAUCGCCAAGUAUUAUGAGCGUAUCAUGGCAAUUCCCAACCCUCGUGUACAAAUCGAAUUCCCUGCUCAUGCUAUCGGUGGUGUCCCUGUGCCUCCUGGACUGAUUCGGACUUUGAAGCGCUGUCUGCAGCGUGACCAAACCCUACGACCAACUAUCGAAGAGAUGCUCGGUCCCCGAGACCAAUUCUUGCACCCCGAUGCUCAGCUUGAGGGUGCCGUUCCUGUGACUCAAGAUAUGCUUGGACGCAUCCUCGCCAACGUUGUACACCACUGCAAAGCGCGUGGCAUUCCCAAAGAGGAAGAACUUGCUCAAUGGCCCGCCGGAUUCUUUGCGAAAAUCAAAGCAGCCUUGGAAGAAGAAAAUCCUUGA